CGAUAGUACAAUUAAUUCUCUUUCAGAACUGGGCCAAGCCCCCCCGCCUACACCAACUUGCACGCUACCCAAUGGGCCGUCGGCCAUGGAUCGUCCCCUAGGGCGCCCCUCGCGUGGAUUCUUUAAUUUGUACCCGUGUUCGUCGUUCGUCCUCCGCACUAAGUGGUUUCUUUUUACCCAUCUCCAUUUCGUUGUUCUACUCUCUCUCUCUCUCUCUCUCUCUCUCUCCGUAGUCUUCAACAUGAGCAGAUCAGGUCAGCCACCGGAUCUCAAGAAAUACAUGGAUAAGAAGCUUCAGAUCAAGCUGAAUGCUAAUCGGAUGGUGGUUGGAACACUCCGUGGGUUCGACCAGUUUAUGAACUUGGUGGUUGACAACACAGUUGAAGUAAAUGGCAAUGAGCAAACCGAUAUAGGCAUGGUGGUUAUUAGAGGAAACAGUGUAGUGACUGUUGAAGCUCUAGAACCAGUUGGUAGAUCAUAGUGAUUGUGGUUUGAUAUGUAUGAAUGUUAAUUAGUCAUGUGUUGCAUGUAUUUUUCGGGAUAAUAUAGCUGCUAUUGUCUGAAAGAUGUUCCAAUUAACUGGGAAUCUGAUGGUAAUUUGCUAUUUCGUUUGUGUUGUUUCUGAGCUAA